UUGCUUCACAUAGGUCCCUUCGCCCCUAUGUACAUUUUAUACGGACUUUGUUGCGCCAUUGAAAUGAUUCGUGUUAGUCACAGUGUGCCGUGCAUUUGAAGUUUACACAAUUGUACCGAACUUAUGUCUCUAUAUAACGUUGUUAGUUUGUGUUUUAGAAUAGCUCGCUUCACAUACUGCAGUGUCACCUGGAGCGCGCCUCAAGGACGUCGUCUACAAAGUUUCUCUGCGUUGGAAGUUGAGUGGCUAUAGCUAGUUAGGACUCUGUUUUCGUACUUAUUGGCUAGCAAUGUGUUGUCAUUCGUAAGUAACAUCAGAUAUGUUUUAACUCAAUCAUGAGUUAUAAUAACUAGUCCUUAUUGACAAACGUUAACAAAGUCCACGCUUUGAAAGGUAGUAGCUAGCUACCUAACGUCGCUACCAUUGGUUAUAGCUAGCGAAAUUAGCUAACGUUGCAUGUACGAGUUUGGCGUAACUUGAUAAAGAGAGGCAAUGUUACCAGUAAUCGAAUACACUUAAAGUGUUUUUCUAUUUGCAAGUUAGCUUGUUUACUGGAUACGUUAUUUCUACAUUGGCUUGAGAGGCUGUUAGAUGCUGAUUAUGAUACAUUCUAAUCAAUUCCAUACAACUGUGUUUCAGGGCGAAAUAUUCUAAUCAUUCAAUUAACAGAUAAUUCUCAAAUAAGAGGCCAGCAGCCGUGUUUUUGACAGCUUUUGAGUAUAACGGUAGUCCUGUCUGUCUUUAGAGGGGCGUUUACCGCGAAGUGUCGAACUAGCCGCCCUCAGUUUGCUAAUGUGCAGCACCAGCUAACGUUUUAAUCUGUAACUACUGUAACGUUAACUGUAACUCGCCAGCUAGCUUGGAUAUUAUGUAAUGUCAAUGAGUUUUCUACUGAACCAGCAUUCUAUGAUGCAGUAAUGUCAAUUCUGCUGUCCAUUUAGAAUUUAUAGCUAACGAAUUCAUGUUAGUUUUUGCUUACUGUCUGAGUUAAGUAGAUUGCUAGCAAAAAUAGCUAACUUGACUGCAUCCUGUUGGCUUCUUUUAACAUUUGACAGCACCAUACAUAAACUGUAGCUAGCUACGUCACGUGAGCAAGGGAAUAACAGCGCACGAGCUAGCAAGCUACAUCAAUACUUUUCCAACGGGGAAUGCAGCAAAUCAUUCAGCGCUACACGAGGAAUAUUUCCUGUGAAGACGGAUUAGAAGCCAUAGAGCUCAGAAAUUCAGCGUUGCACGAGGAAUAUUUCCUGUGAAGACGGAUUAGAAGCCAUAGAGCUCAGAAUUCCAGCCAAGUCGAACUGAAUGGAUAUGAUCUAGUUUGGAAAACUCCCAUGUCUGAUUAAGCAGGAUCAAGAAAUGGAUAACCAGGACAAGAGCUUAGAGAGAGGUGAAGAGGGAAGCUUCUCGGUUAACGCAGGCAGUUCCAAGUCCACCACAUUAACUUCCGUGAUGCAUUUGCCUGGCUCCACACCCCAGCCUCCAGCCAGAGACUCCUCUAACGGACUGAAUGUCACUAAGAUUCAGGGUGAGCUCUCCACAGCAGGGACAACCUCCAUUGGACUCCCUAUAGAGGAGGCUGAAGUGAAGUUAAUGGGCAAGGCCCUGAGAAUGCAGAAUGCACAGAAACAGCAGCAGAAUCAUCAUCAACAGCAGCAGCUGUUUGAGAACUUUGCUCUGUUGGAGGAGAGCAUUUCAGAUUUGAAUCGAUCCAACACCCCAGGGAGCUCCGUACUUGGAUGUUCUAAUUACCUUCUCCCUUUGAAAACUGAGGACUUUUCACCAAUGGAUAAGGACAGGCUUGACAUGGAGACGGUCAGCUUUGGACAGUCACUGAAGGACUUGGAUGUCAACGAGAGGCUCCUUGGUGACAAUACGCUGGACAUUCUGCGGGAUUUGGACUUGCCUGGCUCUCUGUCUGACCUGAAUGAGUUUUACCUGGCUGACGAGGCCGCUUUCCUUUCCUCCCUGUCAGUGGAUGAUGCCCUGCUCGUUGACGGCCACAUGGAAACCAAGCCCAUAGUCAGUAGCAGUGGGGGAAACUGUAAAAAUAUGAAUGGUGUGGGGCAGCAACUGGGCCCAGGGAUCUCCAUGUCUGUCAUCAAGACAGAGAAGGACUCUGACAUCUCCUUCAUCCAGCUUUACACCCCAGGGGUAAUCAAGCAGGAGAACGAGCGCCAGAGCUACUGUCAGAUAUCCAGCCUGGACAUACCUGGUACCCACAGCUCGGUGGGCUCCAUGAGUGGGCCGAGUUACCACUACAGCGCAAACACAUCGACGGCAGUGUGCGUACAACAGGAUCUGAAGCCUGUCUUUGGCCUGUAUCCGCCACUGCCCUCUGUCAGUGAUGGCUGGAACAGAGGCCAGGAAUUUGGGGAUGGAUCAGGGAUGUCAACUCCAUCUUUUCCUGUCAGCUUCAGCAGUCCAACGGCCAGACCCGAGGCCAGCAGCUCCACAUCUUCAGCCCCUGCCAAGCACAGCGGUCCAACCCAUAAGAUCUGCCUGGUGUGUUCUGACGAGGCUUCUGGCUGCCACUAUGGAGUCCUCACCUGCGGAAGCUGCAAGGUCUUCUUCAAGAGGGCCGUUGAAGGAUGGAGAGCACGACAAAACACAGAUGGACAACACAACUAUCUGUGUGCCGGGAGGAAUGACUGCAUCAUAGACAGGAUCCGCAGGAAGAACUGUCCGGCGUGCCGCUUCCGCAAGUGUCUCCAAGCAGGGAUGAACCUGGAAGCAAGGAAAAACAAGAAGCUGAUCCGAUUUAAAGGUCAGCAGGCCACAACAGAGACAAACGCUCCCGCACCUGAUGAAAGGGCCUGCACCCUGAUCCCAAAGUCCAUGCCCCAGCUGGUGCCCACCAUGCUGUCCCUGCUUAAAGCCAUUGAACCAGAGGCCAUUUACUCUGGCUACGACAGCACCAUCCCCGACACCUCCACCCGCCUUAUGACCACCCUCAACAGGUUGGGCGGACAGCAGGUCGUUUCAGCUGUCAAGUGGGCCAAGUCCCUACCAGGGUUCCGGAACCUUCACCUGGAUGAUCAGAUGACUCUGCUGCAGUGCUCCUGGCUGUUCCUCAUGUCAUUCGGCCUGGGCUGGCGCUCCUACCAGCAGUGUAACGGGGGUAUGCUGUGCUUCGCCCCUGACCUGGUUAUUAAUGAUGAGAGGAUGAAGCUGCCCUAUAUGACCGACCAGUGUGAGCAGAUGCUGAAGAUCUCCACUGAGUUUGUGAGGUUGCAGGUGUCCUACGACGAGUACCUGUGUAUGAAAGUCCUGCUGCUGCUCAGCACAGUACCAAAGGAUGGAUUGAAGAGCCAGGCUGUGUUUGAUGAGAUCCGCAUGACCUACAUCAAGGAGCUGGGGAAGGCCAUCGUCAAGCGGGAAGAGAACUCCAGCCAGAACUGGCAGAGGUUCUACCAACUCACUAAGUUACUGGACUCCAUGCAGGAGAUGGUGGGGGGCCUCCUGCAGAUCUGCUUCUACACUUUUGUGAAUAAAUCCCUUAGUGUGGAGUUCCCUGAGAUGCUGGCCGAGAUCAUCAGCAACCAGAUACCAAAAUUCAAAGAUGGGAGUGUCAAGCCGCUUCUGUUUCAUCAUGCCUUAAACCAUGACACAAUGCCUUAAAACCCCAGCCUCCCCUCUCGCCAGCCAGACCCACCUGUUUUCCCUGCAGACGUCCCACCAGGUCCCCUACCAGUACGGAUUAAUGUAGUGAGAGUGUGCCCUCAAAUCGGUUCCCAGAGGACUUGGGUGGAUAGAGAAUGUGAAAAAGAGAGAGAACAGGAGUGCAAGAUUGACACUGACCAUGAGUGACAUGGCAACAAACUAACUGACCCUUCUGGAUGAAACAAGGAUUCAACUCUUCUGGAAUCGCAUUUAGACCGUGAAUCCCUUCAAAAGACUUGAUCAUUGUGAGAUUGGAGGAAUCAAAUUUUAACAACAAAAAGAGAAAGGAAUAUUUUCUAUUGAUUUAAUGCAUGCACAGACCGCUGAAACGUUUACGCAAGAAUAUCAGAAAAGGGAAAACGUGCCUUUUUUUUUUUAGCUUUACAAGCUUUCCAUAGCCAUUUUUCUCAAACUGUCAAAUGCAAGUAUUUUGCAUAGGAAUUUAAUAUAAACACCUUUGUAUGUAUUUGUGUCUGUUCUCUUUCUAAGCAACCAUGUUUAUUUUCUAAAAUGUGUAGUUAAAUGAUCCCUGCAGUUAAAUGAUCCCCAGAAGUGAAGUGUACAGUAAAUAAUAAAACCAACAAUAUGUUCAAUUCCAUUCUCUGCAACCUCACAGCAGUUGUUAUGCUCAAACAUUAGGUUGAAUAGAAGGUUCCUGCCCAUGUCUGAGCGUAUGUCACAGACAAUAUAUCAGGGUUCCCCAAAGUCAGUAAUGGGCCCCCCUGGGUCCAAGUUUAGUUUUUUGCCCCAGGAAUACACAGCUGGUUCAAAUAACCAACUCAUCAUGAAGCUUUGACUAUUCCAAUCAGCGGUGUAGUGCAAGAGCAAAAAAACUAAAUGUGCACCCAGAGAGGACCCCAGGACCGAGUUUGGGAAACCCAGUAGUAUAUCAUAAU